CGGUUUCAAACAAACAACAACAAAAAAUUAAAAAAGAAAAAAAAGAUUGGAAACCGAAUAAAAGUCCAAAUGCUCAAUUAAUAAAUUCCCAAAAAAAAUAAAAGGCGUUUCAGUUAUAUAGCUAUUAUUACCGUAAGAACGAUUUUCUUGCAUCGAACAAGGACAGGACAGAGAGAAGAUCAAGAAGUGAAGGAUGUACAGAUCGGCGAGCUGGACACGUGUCUCGGAGGACUACACGGCGGCAAAGGCUUACUACGACGGGGAGCCUCCGCCGUACGAAGCCGCCAUGGAAAUGGCGAAGAAGGAAAAAUCUCGCGCCAAGUUCGCCGAAAACGCAGUCCACGUCAUCCCCUUCGUUCUCCUCGCUUGCGCCCUUGUCCUCUGGCUCGUCUCCAAUCCAGAUGUGGAUGUGGGGUUGAAAGGAGAAUCAAUUGCUGCAAGGAUCGAAGGACUGACGAUAGAGGGAGACAUCGACAACGACAGCGACGGGACGCAGACCGGAUUCUUGGGAGCUGCAGAGGUUGGAGAUUCGGACAAGAUGAAGCACCUUAUGAAACGCCAUGAUCAUAAGGGUCGAAGCAGACGAAAUUCGAGGAAGCUCGUGAGAGGUUUCAAAUGAUCUACGAUCCCUUUAUUAUCAUUAUUUAUCGUUAUUUUGGAUUCUGAUAUUUUGAUUUCGAAUUAUGAAUAUGGGACUAUCGUGUUGUCGAUCUUUUUCUACGAUCGAUUUGGUUCGUAUUAAACGAUAUAGGAG